AACACACAGCCACAGCUGAUUUUGCAUUUGAAAGUAAACAAUAUUUUCUUAGGAUUGGAUUGCAUUUUUAGAAUGCUGCUGCAACGUGCGUGGUUGCCACAAUUAAACAGUCACCUGCGGCAAUACGCGAAAAAGUCCCGGGCGCAGAUUAAGUCAGUCAUGGCCGUGAACAAGCGCAUGGUCCACCAGGAGAUCCUCCAUUAUGUAAAUCCCUUUGCCAGGAUCAACGUGAAAUCCGACAUUUUCCUUCGCAUUCAACCGGCGGAUGUGCAUUUGUACACCAGUGGGGAUGUGUUCAUAGCCCAACUGCUCGGUGGCCAGGUCAAGAACUCCAAUGUCUCGCUGGAUGUGAAGAUAACCGACGAGGACAAGGUGGUGAAUGUGGUGGUCAAGCAACUGGCGGAGCAGCCCUCACAGAUGGAAUGCAGUCUGCAGAUUCCCGUGCGCUCCGAUGUCUCCGUGCAGGCCAAGGGCAGUGUCCGGGUGGAGGGAGUCCAGAGUGAGCUGCUGCAGGUCAAGGCAGAGGGAGGCAUUCUCACCAAGAAUGUUAAGGCCACCAACAUUAGCCUGUACAGCGAAAAUGGCAACAUCAACUGCCAGGGCACGCUGCUGGGCAAGAUCACCGAAAUAGAGACGCAAAAUGGGAACAUUUCCAUGGACAAAUUGCAAGGAGACAGCUUGAAUUGCUCCACCAAGGCUGGCAGUAUUGUAACCGACUGCUGCUAUGUGGAGAAAUCUAACUUUCAGACGCAAACUGGACGCCUGGAACUCAAGAAUGUCCACAAAAGCAGUCAGGUUCAUGUCCACCAGUCCGCGGAGCUCAAUAUGACUGGUGUGCAUGGCAACCUCCAAGUAACGAGCAAAGGGGGCAGCCUAAAUGUCCAACUCUCGGAGCUAGUGGGCCACAACAAAAUCGACGCCCACAACUUGGACGAAGAGGCUAUCAUUCACAUAUCCCAAGCCAUCGAGCAGGAUCUCCACAUCGAGGUGACAGCCCCGGAAGUGAAAUUGGAAACCGAACUGGAGCAUGUAGCCCAUGCUCUCAACGAGGACAAGAACAAAUUCCUGCUCGGCAAUUCGAAUACAAACCGAUUGCAGGUCAGCAGCACUGGCGGCAAGGGAGUCCGCCUGGGCAAACAGUCGUGGAGCGAUAUGAUGCGCCAAAAACUUCAGGCCAUUGGAACGGAAGUACCAUAAUAAAAGACAUAGAAACUCACUAAGUUACGAAUAUAUUGUGCUGCAAGCUACAAUCUCA